CUUGUGUUCGAUGUAAUCAGUGUAUUUCUUCUCGCGUAAUGUACUGUUAUGAUUAAAUGUACCAAGGAAGAUUAUUGUUUUUUACUUAUCUGUUUCAAAUUAAUGCUAUGUUGACCUACUUUGGUGAUACGGGAAGUAAUUAAGUACAGGAUAAUGAAUUCGGAAGAGUCAGUGACUGACUUAUUAGCCAAAAUAAAAGAAUGGACAGUUGACGAAGUUAAAGAGAAAAUAGAUGAAGUUGUUCCGAUGUUAGUUAGUACACUGGAAUGCAGUGAGAAGAGUGUUACAUUACAAGCUGUUCAAGUUCUUCUGGGAAGCUGCCUUCAGUGUUUGUCUGUAAACAAUGCUGAAAACGUUUUGCUGCAAUAUGCAUUGCCAACAGUUAGGCAUAUCUUUGCGGAGGCUUUGGAAGGAGUUCAGCUUAUUCUGGCAAGUUCAGAAGAUGGGGAUCAACUUGUGGACAGUCUCGUGAGCUUGCUGCAAGUCUGCAUAGAAAUGCUGAAGUGUUUGGAAAUUACCCUGCAGUAUAUUAUUAGCCAAGGAAAUGUUGAUGCAUUUGUUGUACCAAGUGUUCCAAGAAUGGUCAUUGCUGUUUUACAAGAAUCAUUCAAGCACUGUCAGAAGAGUGAGUCUACGUAUGGCAGUGUUUUGCACUUAAUCAGUGAAGUUUUGAUGGAACUGUUCAACAAAUCCCAUGAGGUUCUCCUGAAUUUUUUAGCAGUGCUAUCAGAAAAUUUACAGUUCAAUUGUAUUUUUGAGGAUGAAGUUACACUUUUAACAGAAGUGUUGGAGUCCUUCGGUUAUCUGUGUGAGCACAUGAAAGGACUGGGUGUGAAAGUGUUAGCAGAUUCUUGGAAAGGCUACAUAUUGCUUGUUGAGAAGUACUCAAAAGAUCUGAAACCCUACCUCAAUGUUACAGCACCAAUCAAGUUCCUAGUACAAGAAAUAGCAGAAUUCAGUGACUCUGUAAUGAAUGUCCAAAAUGAAUAUGACAAACCAGAUAUCAUAAAAAACCUGAAGGUGACGUCAUUUGAGCUGAAACUUAUUUUGAAAUUGUGUGAAAGCUAUGCCGGUUACUUAAGUGACAGUUACACAGACUUGUUUCACCUUCUGAUCACACUUCAUAGGCUCUCACCACAUUUCCUGUUGUGGAAGAGAGUUCCCACUGGGAUCACAGAAGAAAUUGAGAGGUAUCUUUCAAUUGGUGCAGAUCCCUUACUUAGCCAUCUCCUUGAGGACCGUUGUUUUGUACAGGAAUUCUUUGUGCAAAUUGAGACAGUAAGUGAAGAUGCAGAUUUACCUGGCUUUAUUGGCUUGUCAGUCGGAAUAAUGAAGAAGCUCACUCAUUGUGAACAUAGUACAAGGACAUUAUGGCUAAGUGAGGAUAGUGGUAACAAUCUACUCUGUGUCAUUUUUAGCAAAUUGGACACAUGUCACUCAGUGCUGUCCUCUGCUAUCCGGAUACCUGCCACUGUACCAAAUGGAGAGUUACCAAAGUUGUUGGAUGUUUAUGAAACAAUCCUGAUACACAUUGCAGCUGUAAUUGUUACAACACCAGUGAGUGAAUUUGCUUCUGUGGAGACAUUACUCUUUGAAAACAUCUUUAAGCAUGACUUCUGGAGGGCUCUCCUAGCUGGAGAUGUCUGGUGUAUUGUGGCCAGGUAUGGCAGUCCAGACUUGUGUCUACAUCACUUAAUGUUAUUAGUGGACAUGUUAAAAUUACUGGAUUGGAGUUCUGGAUACAGGCCAGAGGUGGUGCAAAUAAUGUCACUAAUCAAGCGAUUGUACCCACUUUUACCAGAAAAACAUAAAGCACAAAUGAUACAAAGUUAUCCUCUUCCAGAGAACAUUGUGUUGUGGUGUGUUCUGCAACCUUCAUCAGCUGUUACUGAUGCUUCUACUAUGGAUGUUGCUAAAGAGACAAUGCAGCUGAUUGAAGAGUUCAAGCAAGGAUCAUUGUCUUCUGAUAAAUACAAAAAAAUGCUGUAUUUGCUGUCAGCUGCUCCGCAUCUUCUUGCUGACCAGAUAAGCAAAAGUUCUAAUAUUCCACUCAUCAUAAAAAUGACUGAAUUAUGGAAGUGUACAACAUCGUUAGAUGAUGAUGAUAAAAUGAAUAAUACUAAAUCAUUCUCAGUAAUGAAACUGCUUAAAGCUUUGGUCAUUGCAACAAGUAAAUCAAUAGUUAAUGCGAACAAUGCACACGUCUUACUGAUUCUCAAUGGUUUGAAGGAAGUAGCUGAGAAGGGUUCAUCAGCUAUGAAAUUGCAAAUAUUACCUGUACUCCGAGCAUUGGCAUCAAAAACUCUUGACUGUGAUGUUAAUCAACCGAAGGUCUGCUUCGAUAUUGGAGUUUUAUUUGGCACUUUGAUGCAAGAUGAAAGCUCAAUAGUUCGUCAGGCAUCACUAGAUGUUUUUGCUUACUUUGCAUAUGUUACAAAGCAUGAACAAAUAGUGAUAAAUUCUGUAAGCCGAAGUAAUGUACUACAGAGUCAUGUAGCAAUGUUCCUUAAAAAACAAUUUGCGAAAGUCAAUAAAUUAAAUGCAAAAGAUAUAAAUGAGUAUCUAAAUAGCCAGAAAAAUGUGCAAUUCUGCCACAAGUGCAAAAAAACUGAACUUUUUGAGGAUGUAGCAGAGGAAAAAACUGAGCAAAAAGCCAAGAAACCAAAAAUUGAUCAGUGUUCCCAGAAUGUCUCUGAAGUUCUUGACAGGAUUGAGGCAGAUACAGCUUUAAUAGUUAAUAUGCUUGAUGAAGAUAGCUUGCCAGAAAUUGCCAGGACAAAGGUAGUAUCCAUUAUGGCACAAUUGGAGGGACUCCUGUGACGCAUUACAUUAUGAAAAUUUUAUUAGUAAAAUAAGCCCAUGUGUUAUAAAUUUCCCCAAACCAGUUCACAUAAAUCUCAUUUAUACUUUCUUACACCCACCUAUAAGCCCAAGCCCAAACUCCGCCCUACCCACUCUCUCUCUCUCUCUCUCUCUCUCUCUCUCUCUCUCUCUCUCUCUCUCUCUCACACACACACACACACA